UGCAUAAUAUUAUAUUUUAGGACUAGUGUGACAAUAAUUUGAAUCACUGUUACACAAUUAUAUAAACCCAAUCAAACGCCGCGUAUGACGCUUUUUGUUUUUGUUGCUUCUUAAGCUAUUCAGCCAUUCUUUCUUUCUUUUUUCUUUUCAAAACAACACUAUUCCUCUGUUUUCCUGUAAUCAAUGAUGUUCUGUUCUCUUGAGUUGAUUGGUUGUGGUUUAAUUCCAAUAGGUUAUGAUUACUGAUCAGAGUGUGUUUUGGUUGGGAGUGGUUAUUGUUUUCUGGAAUUACAGAUUCCGCCAUUAAAACAUCGUCACUUGCAGAGGGUAUAUCUUCCUGUGGCCUACACGCAUCCCCUUCUUUUUUUUUCCUCUUUUUGGGACCUCUUGAUAGAAUGAAGGCACUGUUUGGCUGAGACGUAUAAAGCAAAAGCUGCAAGUGGGAUUCAUUGGAAUUUGCUUUUUUUGGAAGUUGAAAAACAAAGAAAAAGAAAAGAAGCGUUGAAGUUGAAGUUGAAGCUGAAGCAGAAGGAAGUGAGUGAUGGAGAAUGGUGGCGGAGGUUAUAAUGGGGUGGUGAUGACGAUGACGAGAGACCCAAAGCCGAGGCUGAGGUGGACAACUGAUCUUCACGACCGGUUUGUGGACGCCGUCACAAAGCUUGGUGGUCCUGACAAGGCGACUCCCAAGUCUGUUCUGAGGUUAAUGGGCUUGAAAGGUUUGACAUUAUAUCAUUUGAAGAGCCAUUUACAGAAGUAUAGACUUGGGCAGCAGGCUCGAAAACAAAAUGAAGAACAGCACAAAGAGAAUAAGAGAUGUUCGUAUGUAAAUUUCAGUGAUCUUUCUUCAGAACCUAACACCAGUUACAGAGGUGAUACUGAAUGCGGAGAAAUCCCAGUAGCAGAAGCACUGAGGCAUCAGAUUGAAGUUCAAAAGAGGUUAGAAGAGCAGCUCGAGGUGCAUAAGAAAUUGCAGAUGAGAAUAGAGGCCCAAGGGAAGUAUUUGCAAACCGUGUUAGAGAAAGCUCGGAGGACCCUUUCCCUGGAUGGACCGGGCAGUCUUGAAGCAUCAAGAGCUCAAUUGACUGAAUUCAACUCUGCUUUGUCAAAUUUCAUGGAAAAUAUGAAUAAAGAUAGCAAAGAAAACAUAAUAGACGUGAAUGAUUUCUAUAAUAAGAGCCAUGUCUCAGCUUUCCAUUAUCAAGAAGUAGGAAGUGAAGAAAAUAAGGAUCAAAAGCCUAAGGUUGAAGGGGGUUCAGUACAGUUUGACUUAAACAUCAAAGGUAGUAAUGACCUUGUAUCCGCAGGUGGAGCUGAAAUGGAAGCCAAGAUGCUUUCAUAUAGGAUAUAAAGGUUUUGAAUUAUCAUAUGUUUAACCAUUGAAUUGAAUGUUAUAUACCCCUUUCCCUAGAUAUUGUCCAUAAUUUUCUCCUUCUCUCUUAUUGACUAAAGUUACAUUUAGGAUAACAUGUUAUCUCUACCUUUUUCUAAAGGAAAGCUAAUAUCUAUGCUUAUUCCCCACUUUCUAUCUUCGCUUACACCAAACUUCAAGUUGCAAAAACCGAGC